GUAGGAAAGAUUCAGCCAAGCUUAUCUGAUACGAUCAAACACUUGUGACCUCAAAGCCAUGACUAUGAAUUUUAUGAAUUCUACUACCAAUGUGGCAGUUAUUCCAGUAAUUUAUUUGCUGGUUUUCUUAGCUUUCACAUGCGUUUGUAAAGGUGAUGAAAUUUCAGGAUCUUCAUUUAUCUUUGGGGAUUCACUAGUCGAUGCUGGAAAUAACAACUAUCUGUCAAGUUUAUCCAAGGCAGAUAUCAAGCCAAACGGCAUUGAUUUUAAGCUAAGCAAUGGAAACCCUACAGGCCGAUACACCAAUGGACGAACAAUUGCAGAUAUUGUUGGGGAAGAACUAGGACAACCAACUUAUGCCAUUCCAUUUUUAUCUCCAAAUGCCACGGGCAGAGCGAUAUUAAACGGAGUGAAUUAUGCUUCAGGAGGAGGAGGAAUAUUGAACGAAACAGGAAGAAUUUUUGUUAAUAGGCUUUCAAUGGAUAUUCAGGUCGACUACUUCAAUAUAACUAGGAAACAGUUGGAUGGAUUGAUAGGUUCACCCAAAGCGAGAGAAUUCUUAAUGAAAAAGGCCAUUUUUUCAGUCACAGUUGGAUCUAACGAUUUCCUAAACAACUAUCUUCUUCCACUUCUGUCCAUUGGAGAAAGACUUUCGGAAAGUCCCGAAGCUUUAAUUAACCAUCUCAUCAGCAAUCUAAGAAACCAACUAACAAGACUUUACAAACUCGAUGCUCGAAAGUUCGUCGUGGCAAAUGUUGGUCCACUUGGUUGCAUUCCUUAUCAAAAAACUAUCAACCAACUUAAUGCGGAUCAAUGCGUGGAAUUACCAAAUAAGUUAGCACUUCAGUACAAUGGAAGAUUAAAGGAUUUACUUACUGAACUUAAUGAGAAUCUCCCUGGAUCCCAUUUCUUACUAGCUAACGUUUAUGAUCUUGUUUCGGACCUCAUCGUGAAUUACGCCAAAUACGGAUUCAAAACAGCGAGCGCAGCUUGUUGUGGAAAUGGUGGGCAAUUUAGUGGGAUAAUACCGUGUGGACCACAAUCUACUAUGUGCAGGGAGCGGUCGAAGCAUGUCUUCUGGGAUCCAUAUCAUCCUAGCGAAGCAGCUAAUCUGAUCGUCGCCAAACAACUCAUCGAUGGAAAUACCAAAAUCAUAUCUCCCAUGAAUCUUAGACAACUUAGAGAUCUCUAAUAGCUUGUACUUUUGCAAUUGUGUGUGUAUUUUUCCAUUAAGAACUUUAUUAUAAAAAGUAAUAUUGAGAUU